UCUUACCCCCAGGAAAUCAUACUCCAACGUCAACCUUACUCAAACUUCAUCUCCUACAUCCAAUAGAACUUCAUUUUUCGCCCAUUCGUCUCCUGACUGUGACAAACGCAUUUCCUCAUCCCUUAACACCUGUCGUCAUUCGGAGUCUGGAUUGUAUAUUGAGAAUUUAAUAGAAUCUCAUGACUAAGAGUUUGCAUUUUUCAUUACACAUCGGUCCAUGCCAUUACUUGGGUCCAAAGGUUCAAACAAGGUCAAUAAGACAAUAUUCCACCAUUGAGUCUCAUACUUUCCCAGCUUCCCAAGGACCGUCGCCGAUUCACCGUGUUUGAAACUCACCCUAGGCUCUUCACGGCACGCAAUUUGAAUCCCAAAUUUCUUCAUAUAGUACUCCACAGUGUUCUAUGCUACACCGCUAGGUUAACGCAACCUUUCCAUCGUUGGGUAAUAGUGCAGUUAACCCGCAUAUUCAAAUUACAUUACGUUUCUCUUUGUCUCAUGGCUUCCCCAGAGAAUCAAAUUGGUCAUGAGCAACAGGAUCAGCACGGACAACGAGAUCAGCACAUGAACAGCAGAGAAUAUGCUGUGUCCCAAGAUGCUCAGGAUCCUCUUCGUCAGAUCAGAGAUGAAUUCCUCAUUCCUUCUACGGCUGAUUUGCAAGCCAGGACUUUGUCAAGUUUAGAGUCUCGAACUUCCUCUCCUGGCGAUCCCUGUGUUUACCUUUGUGGAAACUCUCUUGGCCUACAGCCGCGUACUACCUCUACUCGCAUAGAACAAUAUCUCAAGACUUGGGCAACUCAAGGUGUAUUUGGUCAUUUCAAACCCCUUUCCGAUUCGCCUUUGCCAACAUGGCUACAUGUAGAUUCAAGUGCUUCGGAGAACAUUGCUCCUAUUGUUGGUGCGGAACCUUCGGAGGUCAAUGUAAUGCAGACUUUGACUGCCAAUUUACACCUUCUCAUGUCCGCAUUCUACAAUCCUGAUGUUAAUGGUAGGCACAAAAUCAUAUUGGAAAGCAAGGCAUUUCCAUCAGAUCACUACGCCGUAGAGUCGCAGAUCCGGCAUCACAACCUCUCACCUGCUACAUCGAUGAUCACCCUGGAGUCUCGUUCAAUUACUGAAUCCACACUCUCCACAGAUUACAUACUCAAAGCCAUUGAAACCCAUGCUAAAGAUACAGCGAUCUUGAUACUCCCAGGUAUUCAGUUCUAUACAGGCCAGUUAUUUGACAUACCCCUCAUCACACGCAGGGCUCGAGAUCUCGGCAUAUUUGUCAUUUGGGAUCUCGCUCAUGCAGUUGGAAAUGUUCCACUUUACCUUCACGAUUGGGACGUCGAUGCAGCUGCCUGGUGCACUUACAAAUAUUUAAACUCAGGACCGGGUUGCAUCGGUGGAAUGUUCAUUCAUGAAAGGAACACUCAAGUGUCUGCUUCGUCACAGAAUACAGAUGGGGGGGCAGGUUUUGUAAAUAGAUUAAGUGGCUGGUGGGGCAAUGACAAGAAUACGAGAUUCGCCAUGGAGAAUCGAUUCGUACCGAUAGCGGGCGCUGCGGGGUUUCAAUUGAGUAAUCCAAGUGUGCUGGACAUCACGAGUCUAAAUGCAUCUCUGGAGAUAUUCAAACUUGCCGGUGGAAUGGAGAUGUUGAGGGCGAAAUCUGUGGAGCUGACUGCCUAUUUGGAGGAUAUGCUUUUAGAUACAGCGAUCUUCGAAAAGAGUAGGUUCUCGAUCGUUACACCUCGGGAUAGAGAGCAGAGGGGUGCUCAGCUGAGUCUCCAACUUGCUGAUGGAUUGUUGAAUGUGGUCAUGAAAGAGCUAGAGUUGAGAGGAGUGGUCGUAGAUGAAAGACAACCAAAUGUGAUAAGAGUGGCGCCGGCCCCUUUAUACAACAGCUUCGAGGAUGUAUGGAAGUUUGUGGAGGCAUUCAAAGAAGCAAUGGAUAUAGCUUGGAAGGCAAAGCUUGGAGAAGUAUCUGCUGAUGGCACACGGGAAUUAGAAAUGACCACCUGAAGAGAUAGGAUGUCAUCGCAAUGGCAAUCAAGCCGAUCAAAAUCUUUACCUUCGUGUGUCAAGUGCACUUAUUUAUAAACUUUAAGUUAUCUAAAUGCUCUUGUCCCACGUUAUGCAGUGAUGCGGGGCCCAUUCUCGAUUUCAGUCCGACUUGAUGAUCAUAAUCUCAACUAUACAAAUGUUGCUGAAGCUUCUGUCAAGUUCACUGACUUCGCAGUCACAGAUUUAGUGUUGUUCACUGUAUCAUUUCGAUGUGCAUCAAGCAUGGUGAACAGAGUUUCAAUUGGUCUCUUGCACCUUUAAUACGAAGCUCUGAAUAAAGUCCAGUCAAUUCUAACCUUCACGUUCACACCAUUGCCUGUUUUCUUUACGACCAUUCAUCAUAUUCAAGAUUUUAUAUUGUCCAAGGCCGACACUCGUCGUACAACAUCUUCGCCAAGAGUUCUGGGCAAUCUGUACUACAGAGCAUGGCCACUACCCUAUGGAUAAAAGGAAAAUAGGAGAAUAUUCAAUAGGACACAUGCAUAAUCGCACCACUGAGCCAAGGAAUAAGUUAUCUCGCAAGGCGAAUAUGCGCUGGUAAGGAGAAAAAGUACCAGACGGCUCUUGCACCUGCACGUGGGUAGACUGCUCACGCCGCCCAAUACGGAUGCAGAAACUGUGCAUGUGUUUGUCAAUUUAUUCGAGUUGAUUGUAGUAUUUUGAUCAUCUAAGUCUUUACAACACGGUAAGAUAUUUAUAAAAUACUAGGGGUUGGGCUUACAGAUCCAUGUUUGCUGCAUGUUACACUAGUUCCUCGAGAGUAAUGUAGAUGGAGAAAACGUGCUACAAGUAUUUUGAUAUUGCUAUACUAUUCUUAACAUUGCUCAGUAUUGAUCAUUGGUAAUGAUCAAUUUGAAGGCAAAGCUUUUCUCGGACAUGCCAGGUAUGGCACCACUUCAGUAUGUUUGAAGCACGUGGACAUUAAGUUUCAGCGGUCCCCGUAGCUCAGGCGCUCUGGAUCCUCAAUCAAGUUUUUUACAUACCUAGUAGCUUUGUACCUUGAAUCUCUGAAUGAAAAUUUCGUCGUAAGGUUUCGGGCUCAAUCAAUAGUCUUCGCAAUGAGGACAACUAUCUACUUCAAUAUCGGCUUGA